AUGUCUCUAAUACCAUACCACCCCCAAGAGGGUCGCGAGAUCGUUCUACGCCACCGGAAUGCCAUUGUCGUUCGCGAUCCCGCCUCCCAAAGACUCGCCAUCCGAAGCGUCACCGAAUGCCCGACCUGCCACCAGCCAUUGCGCCCAUCGUCCCCAGACCGCCAUGGUUUCGAGGCAUCCUCGCAGCAGGACUCAUACGUUGAUCCAGGCUAUUUUCGCAUGUUGCGUGCUGGGCACGGCGAACCAGAAGCCAGCGAACCCCCGUCUAGUCCCAUUCGACGCCUGAUCCGUCCUGUUCUGCCACAAGCUCAGCCGGCCGCUUUUGAAGAAGUUGACGAUGCCGAGUUCGUAUCCAGCACCCCCCGUGUGCAGCAAGGUAGCCGCAUUCGCCGGGAGGCUUUCAGUCCGAACUAUUUCAAUACAUUCUUCGUCGAGGAGCGGGAGCUAGGACGUGGCGGCAAGGGAGUCGUGCUGCUGGUCCGCCACGAGAUUGAUGGUUGCCAUCUGGGACACUUUGCAUGCAAGCGCGUGCCGGUCGGAGACGACCAUGCUUGGCUAGAGAAAGUUCUCAUCGAGGUCGAGCUCUUGGCGAAGCUCUCUCAUCCCAAUCUCGUGUCCUACCGACACGUCUGGCUCGAAGAUGUCAAGCUUAUUCGGUUCGGACCCAGCGUUGCCUGUGCCUUUAUCCUGCAGCAGUACUGCAACGGCGGCGAUCUUCUCAACUACAUCAACGGAGACCAACCGAAGCAGACCACGAAGGAAGAGCUCAAAGCGCGCCUGCGGAGGAGGUCCAAGGGCCAGUCUGAGCGAGCUCCAGUCUCACAACGGCAUCUCUCUUUUGAGGAGAUUUAUUCCCUGUUCAGGGAUGUGACGUCCGGUCUUUCAUAUCUCCACGCGGCCAACUACAUCCACCGCGACCUCAAGCCGAGCAAUUGUCUCUUACAUAGGGAGGGAGGCAAUCUGAUCUGUCUGAUCAGCGAUUUCGGAGAGGUUCAGCCCGGAGGACAAGUGCGGAAUUCCACGGGCUCCACCGGCACCAUCUCCUAUUGCGCACCCGAAGUCCUGAAGAAGGACCAUGCAACGGGCUUCUACGGCAACUUCACCACUAAAUCCGAUAUCUUCUCCCUCGGCAUGAUUCUGUACUUUAUGUGUUUUGGCCGCCUACCCUAUCAGAACGCCAAUACAAUCAACGAGGAGCUGGAGGACAUUGAUGAACUGCGUGCCGAAAUAACCGAUUGGCAGGGCUUCCAGGAUGAACGGAGAGAACGUCCUGAUCUACCACCGAAGCUUUACCAGCUCCUCAAGAGGCUUCUCGCCCUGGACCCCGUACAACGACCCAGCGCCAACGAAGUUCUUGCUGCCAUGAAGGGAGAGACAAUAUUGGAUGGCAUCCCCCCUGGACGUAGUGCAAGCCCUUCUAUGGGCCUGCCUGGCCGUAGGGUUCAGAACCUUGAUUCCCCGAUGCCACCAAACACCCCGGUCCCAGAUCCACAAAAGUCGCAGUCCUUCGACAGAUCCACACGCCGACCCAGUGUUCUCGCGUCCAUCGAAACAAGCGACGUUGUUCAACCUCGCCCUAGGCUGCAGAACGGAUUCCGCCGUGAUAGUACCAGCCCUUCAAGGCAACGUGCUCAACCGAUAGUCUCUUCACCCUCACGAGAGGAUUUCCCCCCCAUAACACCAGAACCUACCUCAUCCGAGGGAACUGCCUCAAGAAGACCGUCCAUAUCCGCCAUACCUCCUCUGCUAAUGGCACCCCCAACAACAUGGAGGGGCGACAUUCAACACAAGCUCGUGCUUGCUGGGCAUUACGGUUCUCAACUGGCCGGCCUUAGUGAGGCGUCGGCGCCUCUUCUUCUUCGCCUGGGAAUUUUCUUCGGCAAGCUGGCCACCCUCGCCCGACCCUGCUGGCCCUACAUGUUCAACCCCUGGAUCGGCGCCUCCCUCAUCGCCCUGGCCGCGCUAGACCUAGGCAUCCUCGACGCCCGAAGCAGACGCGGCAGCAUGCAUACUCGGGCCGGCUGGAUCGGUCAGCGCCGAAACAAUGUUGGCAGCCUGGGCACGCGCGAGGUCCGCACCAGUGCCCUCCUGCUGUUGUUGCAUUUUGCCGUUCUUUGGACGGCGCAACGAUGGGCGCCGCUCUGCGCGAUGGUCCCGCAACCGUGGCAUGAGUUGCCGGCGACAGUGUGA